UGAGUCUCUAUGGAGUCAAUCCCCAACUUGCUGAACAAGCAGGCAAACGUGGCAUGUUUGAAACAUGGGCUGCACAUGCGUCACUGUCUAAGGACUGCUGUGGAAGCUGUCAAGAGGUAGAAGAAGAAAAGACUAUAAAACAUCUUCUAUGUGAAUGCAAGGCUUUGUAUAGGAAAAAAAUCGUAACUAUCAGUCGAGGUUUCUUGAUAUUGUCUCGGAGGUUGCAUAAAUAAAACUUUUAUCCACUCUAUCUACACACUUACAACAACAACAACAUCAAAAAAUAAUUAAAUAUUUAAGCAUUUUUGGUAAUCAAUUACCUUAUAUUUUGUUCGUCGAUCAAAUUUUAGUUUAUAUACAUAUAUCUUUGAUUUGAAUCCAUAUCUGCUUAACAAAAAUUGGUCUCAUUUUCCUAAUAGGUGGUACAAACAUAUGUAAAUUAGUAUUAGUAUUAUUAGCAUUAAGCUCAACUUGUAACCUUCGGGUAUAUUUCAGGCAUGUCAAAUAAUGAAUUCUAGGAAAAGUUUAGAAAAAUGCGUGAAUCGUUCACUGCGCUUUGAGCUUUUCAUUGAAAAUUGCAAACAAAAUGUUUCAAUAACUGAGUAGCUAUUGGAAUCUACACAUUGGUGUCGGUAGAAGGAUUUUAAGCAAUAGUGGCGUGUAAAAGGGUAUAUAUAUUCUGCUGAUAAAAUAUUAAAACUCAUACGCAAACAAUAUCAUACAGAAGAUAAACAAUAAGAGUAAUAUAAAUUAAAAAUGAAGAUAAGCGCAGCGCUCAUACUGUCACUCAGUAUAUUUUCUAUAAAAUAUCAUAAUACAAUGAGCAGUAGCUGGGAACGCGUUCGUCUUCGUGUCGAGACCAAAGAGGGUUUUGAGCCGGUUAGCAAUAAUAGCGUGAGCGCUGAUGUGCGCACUAUAUCUGCGCAUAUAUUGGACACAACAGUAGGUCAGGCGGUAGCAAAUGUCAACAUUACCAUUCACCGUCUAGAGGGCGAAAAUAAUUGGCAGAAACUGAGUGAGGCAACUACCAAUAAAGAUGGUCGUGUGAACCAAUUAGUGCCCGCAUCGCACUACAAAUCCGGCAUCUAUAAGUUGCACUUCGAUGUGAAACCAUAUCAUGCUGAACGUGGCGUUAAUAGUUUUUAUCCCUUUAUUGAGAUCGUGGUGCAAUGUGAACAGGGUCAGCACUAUCAUAUUCCAUUACUACUGAAUCCUUUUGGCUAUACAACCUACAGAGGUACUUAAAUAAAAGUAAUAUAAAUAAAAGGAACAAUUUUUUAAGAACAAUGUCA